AUGUCGACAUUUCACCCAUUAAACCUCGUUGAAGAUCAGGCUGCAAAGAAAGAUCUCGAAGACGAACACACUCGAGAGUUGCAAGUUGAACAAGCAUACGAUCUAUUUCAACAAGCAUUAAGGCUUCAAACAGAAAAACAAUGGACCCAAGCAUAUCAAGUUUAUGAGAAAAUAAUGUCGAUAGACAUCAUCGCCAAUCAUUUUUAUGAAGAAUCAGAUCAUUUACUUGGAAUACAAAAUGGAUCGUUCAAUUCAUUAGCCGAUGGUCUUCAACAGUUGGCUCCCAAUGUGAAAAAUUUAAGAUACUUGAUUUUCCGUAAUCGAGGAAUUCUCUUGUUUAGUAUGUUGGAAUUAGAACUGGCGAAGGACAAUUUAAACACUUUGGAAGAUGAAAAGGACGAUACCAAUAUUGCAGCGUGGGAGAAAAAUACAAAAUCUAUGUUUUACACCAUGAUGGAUGAUUUCAGCAUAGCACUCUUGUAUAACGAAGCGGAUGAAACCUUGUUGGAAAUGCUACAUCAAAUUUUAGAUGGAAUUGGAAUGCAAAGGAUGGCUCGAUUCACUUUGGAGUAUUCAGUGAGUGGAAACGAAGAAAGCGAUGACCCUCUAUAUGGGUUGCUUCCUCCAGACUCGCAAUCAAAACAAAGACUAUCAGAGUUGAUAUCUCGACUCAAUUUCAAAUCAAAAAAUGUGCAUGAAAUAGCUUCACCGCUCAAACAAAUACCUUUUCUUACCAAGGUCAAAAGUGACUUUAAAACUCAACAGCGACAACAAGAAUUGAAAACGAAUUUGGAGAUAACUUUGAGUAAUGAAAAAGAGAAUCUUUAUUGGUCAGAUAUAUUCAUGUCCUUAGAUACUGCAGUGGGUGAUCUUCGCGAUGAGAAUAAAUGCGAGGACCAUCAAAAAUUGAAGCUGCGGUAUCUAGAUCCUUACCAAUUGACCGAGGACUCUAUUGAAACGAUUUCUUUUACUUUGAAAGACCAGAAUAUACUCUCGUCUAUUUCUAAUUCCGACGUUGUUGAUAAAGCAGUUGCGGUUUCAGCUGACGACAAGGCAAGCAAGGAUAGCGACCUGCCAAAAGAAGACAGUUUGGAGAUAUCAGAGAAAGCAGACAAUGAAGUUACGAUUUCUAAUAAGGAAAUAGACGUACAAAAGCAACAAGUAGAUGAUUUUGAGAAUGAGAGUGACCAACAUUGUAAAGUUACUGAAACUGAGAAUGUUAUUGGCAUCGCUGUUGCACCAAAAGCCAAUACUCCCACAAAUGACAAAACAAACGUUUCAAACACUUCUGAUACUAAACAGCAAAUACACAGAGCAUCAAAACGUCUUGCUAGACUGGAAAGUGAACCAUCGUUUCCGUCUGGACCAGUUCAACAGUCAAACUUUGCUGGAUUGGAUUAUUUUGUUAGCCAACUAAGAGCAUCUACGGGCGUUUUAGAAACUGACGAAAUUUCUCUGUUUUAUUUUGGCAAGCAAGUGUUUAAAGAACAAUACAAAAAUGAUUUUUUAAAAAUUGUGACAGAUUGGCAAAACAUAUAUCUGAAAGCAUUUACUGCGCUUGGUAAUCAAAAGGGGAAAAGCUCGGCAGAUAAUCUGAAACUAUUGGAUCUUUUGACAAGCUUUAGUGACAACGGGAAAGACGAAGCUAAGGACGUCAAAUUACCUUUACUCGAUGAGUGGGAAAAUGGAGAAACCAUUAUUUCAACAUUAAGUGGGAAAAAGAUGGACUAUUUUGAUCUAAGGAUUAACAUAUUAAAACAUUUUUUGGUUGAUUCACAAAGCCAUUUGUUGUUGAACUGCUUUUGGGGAAAAGAAAUAGCAAAGUAUAUAAGAGAAUGGGUGUUGCAUCUAGAAACAUUUCUAUUUUCAAGCCUCAAAUUGAACAUUGCAGAUUUGACGCUUGCCGUGGGUGUAGUUGAACUACUCACGGAUUAUGAAAUAACUUUGCAAUCUCAGAUUAAAGGUGCAUUUAAGCAAAAGAAGAAGAUGAACAAAACAGUAAUUAAUGGAUUGAGUCAAGAAAUGUUGACUUUGAAAACAAUUAUUUCAAAAUGGAGCAUAUACGUCAAGUCACUGAUUAGAAAACUAAGCAAAGACGAACACAAUGAUGGUGAUGAUAAUAAUGAUGAUGAUAAAUUAUCCAAGGGGAUAUUACUUUUGCGUGCAAGGUUUCAAUGGUGCUUGAUACACAAAAACAAGGCUACUGCCACCGCACAGAAUGAUGAUCUGCUGGUUCUAACAUCGCUUAAAGAGCUUUUAAAUUCUUCACAAGGACAUAAUUUGAAUUUGAAUAUCCAAUUCCCGAAUUAUGUCAAUAUUCCCGCACUAACGAUAGAGAGCUUAAGAACUCAAAUAAUAGUGGUUUCUGUGUUGCAGCUUUUUUCGCAAAUUUUGUUUGGUGACACAUCCAAAGACAAUGCAAACGCCACUCGACUUCUCGAAGAUAUUUUGAUGGACACAGGUUGUGAACAAACCGAGGCAAUAGUAUCCAUCAAGAAAUUCUUGAGUACAAAUUCAAUUGACCUUAGUUUGUCAUUAUGGAACGUUCUUUUGCAGUUUUAUACCCUGAACGAACACUUGAGGGAACUGUCAAAAGAUCUUGUUGUGGGAUUUAAAGAAAGUUUACGCAUACUUGACGUGUACCUAACAAGCGAACGGUAUAGCAGUGGCACUGAUGCAUUCAGAUAUGAAACGUUAUGCAAGGUUUUAGGAUUCUGCAACAAUAGUUUACGUUUACUCAUUCAGCUGCUUGAAAAAAAUAGCUGGCGAUUAGAAGAAUCGAUACCUUUUGAUAUGCUAGAGCUGUUAUUCCAGAUAUCUUUGCUCUUUGAGAUUCACGAGGAGGCAUGUAGCAUGUCGUCUUAUUACACUUCAAUCAAAUCUGUUUCCCCAACAUCUUAUAAUGAACUUAAAGAUAUGUUUCUCCGGGUAUCAGUAUUGAUUAUUGCAAACAUUAGGCAAGAAUUGAGUACUGAAGUUUUACAUUCUUCAAUCAAGUUAUUCCAUGCUCAGUUGGGUGCCAGUGGAAUUUGUGACUCUACAGGAGGUAUAUUCUUGAAAGCAUCGCAAGAGUAUUUAAGUGAGCCCACUUCGGCAUCCGACUCAGUUGGACAUGAUAUUGUGCAAAUCAUCAAGUGCAGGUACCAUUACAAUAUAGGAUUGGAAGAUUUCACACCUUACGAUCAUGAAACACAAGCAAAAGAAGGAUUACUGUUUGACGGUUGUCAGGAAUUAGCCAAAUAUGUGCUUCCUUUGUGUUUCAAAAAGAGUACAAUCCAAAAUGUCCCUAGACAGGAUAUGAAAGUUUUGAUUGAGGAAAUGUAUGAUGUGAUUGGAGAUCCAGAUGUUGAAGCCGAUCCGAUCUUGAGUAGAAACAAGGCAAUUUUUGACCAUUUCUUGGAUGCAACACAGUUGAAAUCUAGUAUUUUCCGUGACGCAUUUCACGGGUUGAUGAGACUAGGGUUGGACAAAAAGCUGUUGUCCUUGUCAUUGACAUCAAAUUACAUAAACAGUAGUUUAUACUACCUCCAAGGACUUUUGGUAUUCACUGCGUAUAAGCUGCGCAAGAAGAACAUGCAAGGUAGGGCAGUGGAGAUUGAAAAAGCAAUAUCUCUUUUCACUUACGACUUGGUCUGUGGAAGCAAUAGAGUCGAGAGUUGGUAUCUCAUGGCUCAAGCAUACGGCUAUUUGGUCGAAGACGAUCUCAUAUGGACAUCAGAUAAACUUACCGUUUUUGAUCGGAAAGUUGGCACUGCGAAUUUGCAACGAAAAUCUAUUCUAUGCUAUUUGAUGGCAGUAAACGGAACCCUAGACGAAUCAGUACGGGAAACAAUUAAACCCAUUGUAGGGGGUAUGAUGGCUACGUUUGCAACUGCUCUUUAUGGGUGUAUUAGUAAGCCAAUGGAUAUGUUAGCGUUUAGAGUUCAAUCUCAGCCAAGGUUUGUUAAUUUGGACAGUAGCCAAAGUCGGAGUGGAGGAUUGAGUAUUAGCCAUAGCAGCAACGCAACCAGUGCCAACACCAACAAUAACACAAACAGUAGCAGUACCAGCACUAGCACUAGCACUAGCAUCAGUAGUAACACCAGUGCUAAUACAAGUACUAGCGCAAAUACUUGCUUUAUAACUGCUAAUGAAAAGCCAGCAGUCUCGCAAAUGUUUUGCUACAAGUUGAUUCAGCAAGCGUUUCAAUUAGCGUUAAAAUCAGACAAGAAUUGGGUCUACUAUUAUAAACUUUCCAAAGUCCAGAGGAAAUUCGGUUAUACAUCGGCAACUGUACUUAAGACUAUGAUUCGUGCAUGCGAAGAAGCUUCUCGAGUAAAACUGGCGGAGUCCGUGAUCGAACCGCACUAUUGUUUAGUAUCUUUGUGUCUAAAGUAUGUGGAGCGCAACGAGUUGACUCCGCAGAAGGCAGUGUCAUAUUUGCAAGCUAGUUCACUAGUCAAAUUUGAAAGCAGUUCUGUCCUUGGUGAUAAUCAAGGAAAGCACAAUUUCAACAACGGUAAAACAGUUGACAAAGACGACAAAAACGGCCAAAAGCAAAGAAAUAUUCACAUAAACAAAGACAAGUUAAGUGACGUUGAUAAUGACAAUGACGCUAACAACGACACUCCUAGAGAAGCAUUUUUCAAGAUCAUUGUUUCUGCACUCAAACAGAUUGAUGCGGCUGAUAAGAAGAAUUGGCAACAUAGACCUAAAUAUCGUUUAUCACGUGUGUUAUAUGAACACUUUAACGAUUUAGAAGGUGCAUUGGACACAUUAUCAGAUUUCAUAUCUUUAAAAUCGACAAAUAAGCAAUUGGUUCUGAUAUGGAAACCCGAGUUUGAGCGUCCUGGGAAACAUUUCCUUUAUACCAACCAGUAUGUGCAGUAUUUCAUUCAGCUAUUGAAUAAGAAGCAAGAUUUAAACAGUCUAGUUGUUAUGAUGCCCAAGUUGAGAAGAUCGAGCUCGAUUAUGGUGAACCUUUCAUUGGUUUGGGAGAUUUUAUGUUCUUCGAUAUGCAAAAUUAUUAGAAAGUCAUUAAAUGUGGGGGAUUCUUUUGUUUACACCGACAAUUUUAUAAAUAAUUUGCCCUACAUUGCUUUCCAUACUACGGGGAAGUACAUUCUUGAGCAGUUCCAAAACGAAGGUAUGCCAAACAGUACAAAGCCUCAUUUAUUUUAUUUGCAUGCAUUAAAUGAAAUGCGAAAACUUAACAAUGGGUAUGGUCCUACGUCAUUGGUGGAUGAUACUAUUGUUACUGUUUAUUUCAAGAUCUAUGAGCAUUACGAUAAACACCAAGUUCCCGAUACAUUGCAAUCGCCAAACUCGAAGCGUAAAACGGCAAAGAAAGACGUGUUUCCAGUUGUCAAUGAUAUGUUGAAGAUUAUAAGAAGGGAUUUGGAUGACGAAAUGAAAGAAGUACCUGAUAUUUAUAAUGUUCUGUUGGAAAAAUUGACUCUGAUUUAUGAAAAGAAAAACAUUGAUGCGGUACAACCUAGUGAUGCAAUUACAAAUACUUUGAAAGAUGCAGAGAAAAAUACUUUAGUUACAUCUGAUAAGUUGGAGAUUGAAAGGGACGAUAAUUUACGCAAUCUGACCAAUAAUGAAGCUUUAACCAAAUCGACAAUUGGUGAUAUUGAGGUAAAUGCAAAGGAAACUACAAAUGGUCAACAGGUUAAUGAACAGAGUAUCCAAGCACACGGUGGUUGUAAUAACCAAAAUGAAAGCCGACACUCUGAGACAAGUAAUGAAAUAAAAGAAGCCAGUGAUAAGGAUGGAGACUGCAACUCUGAGAUCGAUGCUUACAAAGAAUCAUCAGAGCCAAAUGAACAAAAAAAGAAUGAGAGACUUCAAAGCGUUGAUGAUUUUAAAACUAUUAAAGUCGAUGGCAAAGACUCUUUACAACAAAAAAGAGCAGCGGAAGAACCUUUGGAGCGCCCUGCCAUUCGUACAUCUGCAGUGGAGACUGGUAAAGUUGAUUGUGCGAUAACCAAUAAUAACUUAAAUACUACCACGACUACUACUACUACUACUACUACUACCACUACCACAAACAAAGAAGACCACGACAAGAGGCAAAGAAAAUGA